UCGAGCUCGGCCUCGCGAAAUCACAUGAUUGAUUAUGUAAUUGCCAUCCCAACUCCAAUGGCCUGCGCCAAAAAGUUAAGCCAUCGUCAGCAUCCAGUCCAAAACUCCGGAAAGAUGUUCACACCCGUACGGCGGCGCGCCCAGCGCAUUGCGACAGGAUCAAUCGAAGCAUCGCAAUCGAACAAUGGCUUUCUUUCACCCAUAUUACGAGCACCUGGCCCCUGUAGGACCUUCGCAAGCACCUCGCCAUGCCAGUCCAAGAUCGGAUCCGCGCCGCUCUCUGUCCCGCCAGGCGUUACUUUCAAGGUCACAAAACCCCCUGUGAAAGGAAAGGGGUCUCGGAUACAGCCCAUGUCGACCGUACACAUCAAGGGACCGCUUGGCGAGCUCUCAAUGGCCGUUCCUUCCUAUGUGAACAUUGACCAAGAUCCAUCUCUCUCAGGCCCGACUCUCUCAGUGCAGGACACCACAGAUGCGAAGCAAAAGGCCAUGUGGGGAACAACCCGUGCCUACCUCCAAAACCACAUCCUCGGCGUCAGCGAAGGCCACUCCGCGAUUCUCAGUUUCGUCGGUGUCGGAUACCGUUCCUCCAUAGAAACUGAAGCCACGACCGUCCAGCCCGAAUACCCCGGCCAGAAAUUCGUCAAUCUCAAAGUUGGUUACUCACACCCUAUCGAGCUCGGCCUACCCAAAGGCGUGACGGCGAGCACGCCGCAGCCAACACGUUUGUUGAUCGAGGGUCCGGAGAAGGAAGUUGUGAUGCAAUUUGCGGCCAAGAUCCGCAUGUGGAGGAAACCUGAACCGUACAAGGGUAAGGGUAUCUUCGUGAACGGCGAGACGAUUAAGUUGAAGAAUAAGAGGAACAAGUGAUUGUUCGCGGAUCCUUGCGUGUAUAUUUGUUGUAUCAAUGUGUAUUGCAUAUGUAUCAUACCCAAAAAUGAAAGGUUGUAUACAAGUUUCAAUCGUUAUAUCGAGUCUUUAUUCUUGUCAUAUUUCUCUUUUCUUUUUCUUUCCACGAAUGAAUACUCAGCAAGUGAGUCCUUCGCGAUCUGUGAAUUACUACCACGGUCACAUACACAUGCGAAGAGUCACAUGUCAGCACAAGUGUACCCCUUUCUGAUAUAUACAAUGCAUUGGGUAUCGACUAAUCGCAUACUAUAUACAUACAUAAAAUUACCAACCAAAACACCUUCUCUACUCCUGCUAACUUCCAUCAUCUCUACU